AUGGCACUCCCUCGUGCAAAUAAAUCAACGCGGUUCCCUCCUAGACAACGAUCCAGCAGAGCCGUUCAUGGCGCGCAAAGCACACCGUCCACCCAGUUCCACAGCAAUUCGUCUUUCUCAAGACAAUCGACAAGGAAUUUAUCGGUGAAUCUAAACGUCCCUCCCAUUCCCCAUAGUCCGCUGUCCACUAGUGAAUUAAACUCGCCCGAGAGUGUUCUGGAAAAUGAAGGCGACGAUAUAUGCCAGGUCGUCAUGGCCAUUGAUAUGAAAGAUCGUGGCACGGUUGCAGUAAAACUCGAUAUUGAACCUACGGUGGUUAUCCUGUCAACGCGUGCAGACCAAGAUGCGCAGAUAUUUGGUACUAUGAAUCCAGACGAAGCCACCUCAAUAAACGAUAAGCAAUUUCAACUCCCGUAUCACCUCGAGAUUCGCCCUUGCCAGGAAUUUGGCUUUGAAGCAGCAAAAUCAAAACUGAUGAAUCUUAACCGUGGGCAGAAGAGCGCGCCGAAAUUUCUUGUUCCUGGAAACGCUUUUUCGCACGAGCAUGUUGACGGCGAAGACGUUGGCUACACAGACCAGCAAGGGAAAUUUUUGAAUAUUAGUGGCAUCGUUGACAUGGAGAACUGCAUUUCCGUUGGAUGUGCAGGGGCCUUAAUAACGUACUUACAAAGGAAACAGUCAGCGCAGUAUCUGCAUGGGGACCCUACCGGCGACCAGGCAUUUCAAAUAAAUGCAAUUGAAAUGCGAAGCUUGGACGGGAAUAUGUUUAUUAACCGAGAUACACUCUCGUCGCUCCAAAUUAUCCAGUCAGAAUCCCAUCCAAAUGCAUUUAAUCAAGGUCCCGGAAAAACGAAUUCCGGCUCUAAAGAGAGCCUUUCUAUAUAUGGCCUUUUUCAUAGGUUUGCUCGUACCCCCCAAGGGAAAGGAAUGCUUAAGAAGGUCUUUCUUCGGCCUACCACCAAACCAACUGUUAUUUACGAGAGACAUAACAUUAUCAGUACCUUUUUAAGAGCCGAAAAUGACGAUGCAAUGUCAAAAGUGAUCAAGAGUCUUAGUGGUAUUAAGAAUUUGCGUCCAAUCAUGAUUCAUCUCCAGAAAGGUAUCAGCACCGGGAAUGCGAAGUUUAAAGGAUUCAAGAGUAUCGUUUGGGCCACUAUUUUAGAGUUUGCAUUUCAUGCCAUUGAUAUUCACGAUACCCUGAAGGAAGUUGUCAAUGUUGGGAACCUAGAUUUAUGUGUUAAAGCAAUGCAUAAAUUGGAUCUCACCAAACUACAUCAAGUUGGAAGGUUGAUUCACGAAACAGUAGAUCUAGAGAGCUCAGUAUUAGAGCAUCGGACGAUUGUCAAACCCAGAGUCAACGGGGAUCUUGACAGGCUUAAAGAAGCGUAUGAUGGUAUGGAUUCGUUACUGAGCCAGGUGGCAGUAGCUAUCGCAGCUACUCUCCCAGAAAACAUAAGCAAUGAACUGAAUGUCAUCUACUUCCCCCAACUUGGAUUCAAUAUUGCGAUACCCCUCGAUGCACAUGGUAGAGCAGUAUACGCAGGGGGGGAUGAGGCUUGGACGCAAGUGUUCAACACCGAAAAUCGCGCCUAUUUCAAAGAUUUUCGCAUGCGAGAAAUGGAUGAAAGACUAGGUGAUAUGUAUGGGAUCAUAUGUGAGAAAGAAAUUGAGAUUGUUUAUGACCUUGCUCAACGUAUUUUGGGUUACGAACCACUUCUUGUUGAAGCUUCUGACAUAUGUGGUGAGAUCGAUAGUCUUUUAGCAUUAGCGCAGGGCGCGAGCUUGUAUAAGCUUGUGCGACCUCAGAUGACGGACGAAAAUAUAGUCAAGAUCAAAGGGGGCCGUCAUCUGCUUCAAGAAGCCAGUGUCCCGUCUUACGUCCCUAAUGAUGCCGUUCUUGUUGCACUGAUUGUCUACAUGGCUCAUAUCGGGAGUUUUGUCCCUGCAGAUAUGGCAAUCAUCGGGUUGACCGAUAAGAUCCUCACCCGCAUCACAACCCGAGAAACUGUCUCCAAGACACAGAGCACAUUCGCCAUAGAUCUGCAGCAAAUUUCGUUCGCACUUACGCAUUGUUCUCGCCGAAGCUUGAUAAUAAUCGACGAAUUUGGGAAAGGGACGGAAUCAAGUGGUAUGACGAGAUAUUCCUGGGCACUUUUCGAUGCUAAGACAUACUAUUUAGACGGAAUAGGACUGGCUUGUGGACUGUUCAAGCACUUGAUACACAGGGAUGAGGAACGGCCCAGAGUUCUAGCUGCUACACAUUUUCACGAAAUAUUUGAAAACGGUUUCUUGUGUCAGACGCCUGAGCUUCAGUUUGGACACAUGGAAGUUCAAAUAGACCCGACUGCAUCCGAAAUUGAAGACCAGAUUACAUAUCUAUAUAAUUUUCGAUCUGGAUGGAGCAGUGAAAGCUUCGGAACCAGUUGCGCAGCGAUGAAUGGCAUCGACCCUGCUAUCGUUUCCCGGGCGAACAGAAUUGGGGAAAUGCUACGUUGCGGAGGGGACAUUGUUGCGGCAUGCGCAGGCGUAACUGUUGCAGAAUUAGAUGUGCUCGAAGACGCUGAGAUCAUUGCUAGACGAUUCCUUCAAGCUGAGUUUGCUCAGUCGAGGUCUCUGCCUCACCGAAAAGGCCAGUUUGGACAGAUUACCUCUCUCCUUGACGAAAUCAUUGGCGGUCAGAGUGGCACAACCAGCGUUUCCACGGAGGAAGAAACCCGGGAAAUUCUCGAUAGCAGAAGCUUUUCCAGUUCUGUCAGCGGUAAGACGAGUGAAGGAAUGUCAAAUUGCAUCUCAUAG